GACAGGAGUAAUUAGUGCAUCCCCUAGGUGCAGCCCAAGAAGCAAGCUGGGCGCUUUCGCUUUCGCUUUUGGAGCUCCCGAAGCUGGAGGUUUUCCUUGGGCCAAAUGUGGCUGUGGGUCAAAAAUAGGUUCCCAAGAAUGGGUUGCCGGAAGUGGACACGUGGACAACUCAAGCUGCGGUCCAUAUCCUGGUGGGGCUCAAUUUUGAGCCAUGCCCCGCAUCAAGACAGAUCCGGGAUUGUCUUGAGCGAAUCGGGGCAUGCGGGCUGAAUAGCAGGCGCGCGUUCAGAGCCCGGCAUCGGAAUCUAUGGGGCACGCUUCUCCUGCCGGAGCAGGUCGUCUUUUCGGGCUUGCCAAGACCGUUUUUUUGGCAGAGCAACCGAACAAACCAUACUAUAUUCAAGGGUUGCACGCUACUCAGCGAUUCCACGGCCAGGGAUCGAUGCCCACAGGAGCAUUCUGUUUGGGGGUGGCUCGAAAUCAGGUUUGUGCAACGUUAGCUCGUAUGCACAGACCAGCCUGGCUCAAAAUUGUUUUCUACCAAAUUGGAUCAUAAACUAAAACCCAAGGUCGCCGAAGGCGGGGCCUUUGAUACCCCAUCAAAUGCUCAAUCCCAAUCAUAUCCGACGACAACCCAGCUGACAUUGAGAUCUUGAGCCAAUUCAGGACUGAUGUCCCCUUGGUGAAUUGCUUAUGGAACCUGAUGGGCUGAAUGCAAGAAUGCAAGAGAUUGACUCUCUUGUAAAGCCUUCACUAGAGCUUUUGGCACGCAUUUUGCAUGGCAAACACUGAAUCUCCCGCGAAGAGAGCCAAAGUUGACCCCAAGGCAACUGCCCUGGCUGGAUUGAGUCGUCUGAACGAGGUGGGCAAGACUUCAAUCCUAGAGCGACUCAUCAAGGAUGCGAGGCUGAGCGCAACCAAAGUGGUUUGCGAGGAGUUGGAAAAGCAAGAUGCACAAGUUGUGGAUGUGCAAAGUCUGCAGAAGAGUUUCGGCAGCCGCGCGUUCCGCGCUUUUCACCAGCUCGACCGGCUUCGGCCAUCCCAGCAGUACGAGCAGAGCCACCGAGUGACAGAUGACAUCAACGAUCUCAUCCAGGAGGCCGGUCGUUUGAAAGCUGUGCACGCCGUCAUGGCCCUCGCACGGAUCGCUGGGGUGAUGAGUAACGCGAGUGACACUGGACAGGUCUUUCACGACACCGUGGCGUCAUGUGGCGGUUUGACUUACGACCUUUCCGCCGCCUUGCGAAAGCAGCUGCAGCUUUUGCGCGCAACUGACUGGGCGAGUCUACAAGAUGCAUACGAGCAGCUGGUGAGAGUACAAGGCCGCUUGGAGGAUUACGCCAUUGAGGACUUCGAUGGGAUCCUGAGUGAGAUGGCUAAGCACUGCAAGAGCUGAGGCCCGGUUUUUCAAGGCGCAUUUCGGGCGACGUAUUCAAUAAUGAAGCAACUGGGCUGUUCAAAGGCAAUG